AUGGAACGCGUUGCGACAGAGAGCCAGCGCGAGUCAAAGAAACGUGCACCCAAAGCUUAUAUCAGCGACCUCGAGAAACGAGUAGCGUCGUUUGAGCGACAAAGCCGGCGGGCUCCUGAAGCUCUAAGCAUCUCUGAUGAACAAGCAACUCCCGAUGGGACGUUAGAACUUGAUAAGGGGUCGCGAUCAUCUAUGUCGACCCAUCUGACAAUUGCAAGAAGACGACGAAGCCGACAAAACCGGCAGCAAAGUGGGUGGACACAAUCAAAGCCUCCUCCAACAAGCAUAAAUCUCGUAUUCUCAAUCUCCGCCGAGGCCGCAAGAGGAACCCCGUUCUCCUCGUACUUCCCCAGGAGCAUCAAUCACAUGAACCCCCUGGCGCUUGGCUUCCCCUGUUACUUUCCCGAUAAAAGCGGCAGGCCAGUUAGUCCCACGUUGAACCGAACCUCAUCCAACUGGUCAUUUGGACGAAGAGUGCUUGCGAUGGCGCAUGAACGAGUGAUGCGGACCCCUCUUCCUCCCGACAAUCUGCUGUUUGAAGGUAAACCCUACGAACUAGGGUGGGAUGGAAAGAGACACAACUCGCCUGAAUCUGUAUCUGACGCACCUGCCCUUCCAUCGGCGGAUUUCGCAAUGUACUUCAUCAACGCGGUCAAAUUCCGCUGUGGUCAUGAAUCUCCAACGCACACUCAGCAAUCACCUAGCCUUUGGUACAUCCAUUAUCUUCUAAUUCUUGCCUUCGGGAAGGCGUUUGUGGUCCAGCGUAGCAAAGGUCCCAAGCCACCAGGCGCCAAUCUUUUCGUCCUGGGAAUUAAGGUUAUGCCGGAUCUUGCCUUCUCCUGUGCUGAUCCCAUCGAGGCGAUACAAGUCUUAUGCUGUGCCUCUCUCUACUUACAAUGCCUCGAUUUCCGUGGGGCCGCCUACCGUAUAAUCGGUCAAGCUCUUCGUAUGGCCUUGGAAAAUGGUAUGCAUACAGAAAUGCGCAGUCAGCAAGUUGACAGUGACUUGGCGCAAAGGUGUCGCAAAGUCUGGUGGGCGGGGAUUGCAGAUGAAUCGAUAAGUGCAGAAUUGCCCACCUUCCCUGGUCAACCGCAAAGGUCGACGGCGAUGAAUAUCCAAAUAAAUCUCUCCAAAGUACUGGCGCAGAUUUUGAACACUGUUUACGGAGCUGAAGGGCGGCCGGACAAACGUUUCCUGGCCAUCACCAAAGAAGCUUUGGAAAGCGUCGCAAAUGUUACCGACCAAUUGAAUAGCUCUUUUGAAGUUCUGUGA